AUGGCCAGACUCCCAGCGAGUGAGCCCAGGCGGCAGGCGCAGCCACAGCAGCCUCCCCGCACCUCCCCCAUGAGCAGUGGUGGCAGCAGCUCUGAGCCCGAGGGCAUGAAGGACCUGGAUGCUAUCAAGCUCUUUGUGGGCCAGAUCCCCCGCAACCUGGAGGAGAAGGACCUGAAGCCCCUUUUCGAGCAGUUUGGCCAGAUCUACGAGCUCACCGUGCUCAAGGACCGCUACACCGGCAUGCACAAAGGGUGUGCAUUCCUUACAUACUGCGCCCGAGAUUCCGCUAUUAAAGCUCAGACAGCCCUGCACGAGCAGAAGACUCUCCCUGGGAUGGCACGACCGAUCCAGGUGAAGCCUGCAGACAGCGAAAGUCGUGGAGGGGACAGGAAGCUGUUUGUGGGCAUGCUGAAUAAACAGCAGUCCGAAGAUGACAUUCUGCGGCUUUUCGAACCGUUUGGAGUGAUUGAUGAAUGUACGGUGCUCAGAGGCCCAGAUGGGAACAGCAAAGGCUGCGCCUUUGUUAAAUUCUCCUCUCACACGGAGGCUCAAGCAGCAAUCCACGCCCUCCAUGGCAGCCAAACUAUGCCCGGUGCUUCCUCCAGCCUGGUUGUGAAGUUUGCAGAUACGGACAAGGAGCGGACCUUGCGCCGUAUGCAACAGAUGGUUGGACAGUUGGGGAUCCUGACGCCAUCACUGGCUUUGCCGUUCAGCCCGUAUAGCGCCUAUGCACAGGCCCUGAUGCAACAGCAAACAGUCCUCUCGGCUUCCCAUGGCAGCUUUGUGAGUCCCAGCCUCACCUUCUCCCCGUGCCACAUUCAACAAAUCGGCACAGUCAGCUUAAACGGCCUGCCAGCCACUCCUAUUGCACAAACCUCAGGGUUACAUUCCCCUCCCCUCUUGGGGACGACUGCCGUGCCGGGGCUGGUCACGCCAAUCACCAGCAGCUUCACCGGUGUGGUGCCUAUCCCCAGCAGCCAUCCCACCCUAGAGGCAGUUUAUGCCAAUGGGCUUAUGCCCUGCACAGCCCAGAACCCUUCGGUAGCAGAGACUCUGCACCCAGCAUUUACCGGAGUGCAGCAGUAUGCAGCUGUGUACCCGGCAGCAACCAUCACCCCUGUAGCUCAGGCAAUUCCGCAGCCACUGCCAAUCCUUCAGCACCAGCAAAGAGAAGGCCCCGAAGGUUGUAACCUCUUCAUCUAUCACCUCCCUCAAGAGUUUGGGGACAAUGAGCUCAUGCAAAUGUUUCUUCCUUUCGGGAACAUCAUCUCUUCCAAAGUGUUCAUGGACCGGGCUACAAAUCAGAGCAAAUGUUUUGGUUUUGUGAGUUUCGACAAUCCAUCCAGUGCCCAAACGGCCAUCCAGGCCAUGAAUGGUUUCCAGAUUGGCAUGAAAAGGUUGAAGGUGCAGUUGAAGCGGCCCAAGGAUGCCAGCCACCCCUACUGACGAGGGCUUGCCUUUGUGACAGACUCUGUGCUCCUGCGGGUGAAAGUAAUCUUCCUCUUCCACUUAAUUUCUUUCGUUUUAAAGAAGAGAUCCAAGAACUAUUAUCCCCCACCUUUUUCAGAGGGAGGGGGGGAGAAAAAAAAUCAACUCCAUCCCCUGGGAAAGGAGCCGUUUGUGGGGGGGAACCCCCCCACGGGCUUUUCGGAACCACGGACAGCUCCCCUCAGUUAGGAAUGGGGCAAAUGGACCAAUCAAACGACUCGGAUGCACCUCUCGCAGCCACCAAACGCUGACUUAUAUUUAAAAUAUAUGUA